AUGGAGGUUAUUACCAGCCAGAAUAUAAAGUUGCAAGAUAAAGCAUUUAAAGGUGAAGAAAGGCAGCUGCGGAUAGUGACAGGAGAAUGGUUUUUUGAAGAGAGAGCAAAGCGCUUCAAACAAUCAAAUCUUCUUGGAACUGAUGUUGUCAGACAGUCUAUCCUACGCAAAUUCCCAGAUACGGUUUCCAGUAAGGAUGAAAGAAGAACAUUUAAAGAUCAGCCCCAAGAGAAUGAAGAAAAAAGGCCAGAAGCAUCGGUCUCUUCCACAACUGGGCAUAAAUCAGUCUUCAGUGGACCUAAAAAGAUAGGGAGGGUAAUUAGGGCAGUUACCAAAGGAGAAAGUAGAAAUGAAAAAGAUGAAGAUGAAAGGUACGCAGGCUCAGAUGCUGAGGCUCAAAGUCUGCACAGUGGCAAGUCAACGCCUUGCUCUGAGAGAGGGAGCACUCUUUCACUGAACAGCAGUGAUGCAGAGGCCACCACAGGCCAUCUGAAAGGGGCCAUGGGUCCUAUGAACAGAGGCAAUGUUUCCAUACCUUCCUUCUCGAGGUCUCCGGCGCUCAGCACGCGGAGCAUGACCAUGGACUAUAGCAGGGACACUGGCUUAGAAAAUGGCAUGAUUAUUCCAACAAGUGAAAGCGUACCUGAAGAUCUAGUAAAGCAGCACUGUAGGAAAGCAUCUGGAACACCUUCCAUUGCAGUUUCUAGGGUAUCUUUGUCAUCAGACCGUAGUCGAUCUGAGAUUGAUUUGAGUGAAUCUUUCUCUGAAGGAAAUGAGGAUACUCUGAGCACAAGAAGCAAAUCUGUACCUAGUGCCUUAGAUCAGGAACUGGAUUAUCUGGAUGAAACAGAAGAUGAUAUUGAUGACAUAGUGGCCUCUCGUUACUCAAGGAAACAUGAACAUUUGACAAGUGGAUUGUCAACAAACUCCCCAGAAGGCUCUGACAGAAAGUGGACAUAUUUAAAUGUGCCUGAAACAGAUGGUGAUACUACUAGCAUUAACAGCAUGCUGAGUGUAUAUAGUGAAACUGGUGACUAUGGCAACGUGAAGGUCAGUGGUGAAAUCCUUCUCAACAUCAACUACAGCUACAAAACAGGUGCCCUCAACAUCGUGGUGAAAAGUUGCAGAAACCUGGCCAUUGCAGAUGAGAAGAAGCAAAGGACCGAUCCAUAUGUCAAAGCAUACCUUCUGCCUGAUAAGUCCCGCCAAAGUAAGCGCAAGACCAAAAUUAAAAGUAACAGCAUCAAUCCAGAAUUUAAUGAAACGCUGAAGUAUGUAAUCAGUCACACACAGCUAGAAACCAGGACGCUGCAGCUUUCUGUCUGGCACUAUGACAGAUUUGGACACAACAGCUUCCUUGGGGAGGUGGAAAUUCCAUUUGAUUCCUGGGACUUUGAAAAUCAGAGCGAUGAGUGGUUUGUGCUCCAACCCAAGGUGGAGGUUGUGACAGAUGUUGGGUUUCAAUAUAAAGGAGAACUGACAGUUGUUUUACGUUACAUUCCCCCAGACAGAAACCUAAUGCUUCCUCUAGGGCAGUUUCAAGGAAAGAAGAGCUUUAAAAAAGGAAAGAAGGGAGCCUCUCACAUGCCAUCUGGAGGUAUAUUAGAAGUCCUCAUCAAAGAAGCAAAGAAUUUAACAGCAGUGAAAUCAGGAGGCACAUCUGACACUUUUGUGAAAGGAUAUCUGCUUCCAGAUGACAGCAAAGCUACAAAACACAAAACUCCCAUAAUAAAAAAGAGUGUGAACCCCCAGUGGAAUCAUACCUUUGCUUUCAGUGGCUUGAAUUCGAGAGAUAUACGUAACGCCUGCCUAGAAUUGACUGUGUGGGACAAGGAGUCGCUCUCCAGCAAUAUUUUUCUGGGAGGUGUCCGCUUGAGCACUGGAAAUGGUGUAAGUAAUGGUAAGGAGGUUGACUGGAUGGACUCUCAAGGCGAAGAGCAGCACCUCUGGCAGAAGAUGAUUGACAGUCCUGGAGCUCCUGUGGAGGGGAUAUUAAUGCUGAGAUCCAGCAUGGGAAAACGCAGACUCUGA